UCACAGCUUAAAGUGUCUUUUCCUUCAACUUUCUCAGACUCCAAACAGACUCAGAAUUAGGGUUCUUAUUUAAAAAAAAAAAAAAAUUAUGCCAAAUUCUUCAAUUUUUAAAUAAACUCUCAAUCACAGUAUUGAGGCUAAUCUGUAAUCAGCUCAAACAAAAUUUCCCUUUUUGUUUUAAUUUAAAUUAAAAAAAAUCAAUGGCUCACACCAACAAAGAGGUUGUUGGGGUUGAUAACACAUUUAGAAGGAAAUUUGAUCGGGAAGAGUAUUUGGAACGAGCUCGAGAGCGUGAAAGACAGGAGGAAGAGUCACGGUCUAAGUCCAAAUCAAAAGGUCCUCCAGUGCAGAGGAAGCCUUUGAAACAUAGGGAUUGUGAAGUGGACCUUGAAUCUCGGUUGGGAAAAACUCAGGUUGUUACACCAGUGGCACCUUUAAGUCAGCAGGCUGGAUAUUAUUGUUCAGUUUGUGAGUGUGUAGUGAAGGAUUCUGCAAAUUACUUGGAUCAUAUCAAUGGAAAGAAACAUCAAAGAGCGUUGGGUAUGUCUAUGAGGGUAGAACGGGCAUCUGUUGACCAGGUCAAACAGCGAUUUGAAGUCCUUAAGAAGCGGAGAGUUCCUGGAAGCUUCACAGAGCAAGAUCUUGAUGAGCGGAUCUUAAAGCAGCAACAAGAAGAGGAAGAACGGAAGCGCCAACGUCGCGAAAAGAAAAAAGAGAAGAAGAGAGAGAAGGUGGCAGAAGAGGAAACUGAAAUGGAUCCUGAUGUUGCGGAAAUGAUGGGAUUUGGGGGUUUCCGUUCAUCCAAGAAGUGAUCAUGUUUCAUCACUCCAUCCUAUAUUUGGAGUGAGUUUUGGCCAUGUAACCUUUGUAGCAUUGUACUAGUGACAGUUCUGUAAGGAACAGUCUAAUUUAGGUAACUUGACCUUUUAGAAAUUGUAUGUUCAUUUUAUAUUUCAUUUGAGACGUUCUAUGUUAACAGCGAAAAAGCAAAUUUCAUGGAAUUUCUCGACAUUUAUGGUAGAUUUUACUGGUGAGUGGUGAUGCCAUUCAUUUUCAUUCUUGUACAUUCUCCUUGCAGGAGAUACUGAUCAAUGAAUGAUUUUAAGGCUACCUUGUACCUUUCUUC